AUGGCUGAAAUCGACCCCUCUGUGUCCAAAUGGCUCAAAUGGGUCGUGGUUCUUCUUGCGGCUCGGACCCCCAAGCCGCUCCAUUGGGCAAGUUUCCUUGCGCUUCAUCCUUUGAUCAGAAGGACGAGAAUUGGACUCAGUGAUGCCGAAAGCGAAACAACCCAUAGACGUUUACUCAAGCUUUCCAACCUGAUCUCGUGCUUGUUGUUGUAUGGAGCCACAGCCGAGAACUCAUCUAUUCCCAAGGACUAUGUGCUGAUUUUUCUCUGGAUCAACUACUACGGAAAACUCAAUCCUCCUUCAGCCAAAAACAUCGUGGUUUCGCCCAAGUACUCCAAGUACCUCAAGAUUGACUCGUAUAAGUCGGCAACGUUGAAGAAGUUGUACGAAAACAAGGAGUUCAUUGUCUAUCCCCUUAUCUUUGCUCAGAUUCUCUCCAACUACUUGACUCCUACCAAAUACAAGUUGAACCAACGGUACCUCUCGCUGCUGAUCAAGAAACACAUUUUGAACCCGAUCUGGAUCAACUAUUCGUUAGGCGUGAAUUCACACUACUUGGACUGGCUGGGCCUCUUGCGUAGCUACCUCUUUCACAACUUUGUGUUGUUCCUGUUGGUAGGCAUAACGAGUUUUAAAGACAGAUUCUUGGACAAAUACUACGAGAUAAAGUAUGGCAUUUUCAACGAUAACAGCUCUAAGAGCCUGUUGACCUUAGCAAAGAACUACGUGGCUUAUGUUUUCCACAAGGCUAAUUCUUUCGCCAACUUCAUCUAUGCUCCCAACUUGAUAUCAAUAUUGCUCAUUUCGCUUACCUCUCCUCUCUUGACGUACUUGAGCCAUCCUCUGCUUCUGCCCACAUCUGUGCAGAGAUUCUACGCCAACAACAUGAAGUACUUCUUCAAAACAUACACCAAGGUGAUUGGCUUUAUAGCAGCGUACGCAACAAUCUUUGCCAACGAUGUGGGGUUCAUACCAGACACAGGAUACGACCACAAGCCUGAAGAGACCGAAAACGUAAGAAAGAUUUCCAAGUCGUUCUUAGAUGGGUUGUCGCUUUACUUGUUCCGUUUGAUAUUGUUGUCGAAAUGGAGAAUCGCUAAGGAGAACCACCCCUACUUCAAGUUCAUGAACUUGGCUUCGUGGAGAAAACUUGAAGCUAUCAUCAUGUGCUACGGUGUUUAUAAGGUGAUGAACCUCAACGAUUACAUCCAUUUCAAUAAUAAAAUCUCCACAGAGGAAGCAGAGAAGUUACAGAAUGAUCCCACGAUAAAGGUGGUCGACAUGGUCAUGUAG